AUGUUCGUAUCACACGCCAAAAUCAGAAUCGUCGGUCUUGGCGGUCGGUCCAGAAAGCGACGACCACAUCGGAGACGCCUGGCGGUCAAGGAGGUCGUCCGAAUGCCGUGUCUUCUCCCGACGACCGUGACCGUCUUCCUGGGCCUGGUCGCCGUGGCUGCCGGGGCGGGAAUGUCCGUCAUCGGCUACGUCCCCAGCCACGGCCAUGGUCACAACGCGACUGCGGCGAUGAACUCGAGUCUACCUCACAACGGUUCCCCCAGUGACGUCACGUACUAUGCCCUGAAAAUAUGCUCUUACGUCGGCCCCGUGGUCAUGGCCCUCGGCCUGUUCUCGAUGAUCGUGGCGUGUGUGUUCUACUGCGAGAUUCUCGACAAGUAUGCGAUUCUCGUGCCCGAUAAGAGGUCGGCGAACUACGACAGGGACGAGCUGUAUCAGGUUAUCGUGGACGAGAUGAAGAAGAGCUACGCACAGACUUUAAUCACGGCUUACUCUAAAGCAGCGGAGCGAAGUCUGCUCAUGGACAACCAGAGCAGCAGCGGGGAUUACCUCCCGGAGCCCAUUUUUCCGUGCAAGCCCAACGAGCCGUUGACCUUGGAGCAGCAGAUUGACAUAGAAUGCGAGGGUUACACGCCUUCGCCCCCCGUCCCCCACAAACGUUACAGCGUCAUUCAGGCGCGGAUACAGCGCCUGCGCAGUGAAGACAAUUGGUUGAAGACAUCUUCCUUGCCCAACAUCCGUCGGUCGGCGAGUAUCAAACGUGCUGGGCGAGUUGGGGGCAAGAUUAAAGAUUCGAGAACCCUGAGUUACGAUUACACGAUGGACGAGGCCAGGCUGAGGAGAAAAUCCAUGAUGCUGCGCUCACUGGUUCAGUGGAAUUCCGAGUCGUCGGACAUGCUCGUGAACAAACAGAGGAGAUUCUCCUCGGUUAAGGCCCUGCCCUCGCAACGGCGGGACAGUUGGGGUGUGGUAUCCCACUCCGGGUACGGCUCAUUCCCUCUGACCCGGCUCAUUCAGAGAAGGGGGACGUUUGCGUGCGGUGACAUGAGAACGAGGCGCAUGAAGUUCUUGCUCCUCCUGGAGGCUUCCGAAAGUCAAGACGCUAUUCCGGACACCGCAUCGAUGGACGGACGCGCAACUGUCACCGGGAUAAGAAGGAAUUCGUUCAUCCCUUACACGACCUGUGAUAAAUUUAUUGCGGAUGAAGAGCGGAAAACGAUCAAGGACAGCCGGAGACCGUCGAUAAACCCUUUCUCCUUCAACAACAGGUUCGGAAACACGGUUCCACAGCCGGGGACACGGAGACAUUCAUUUUUCCCCAUUCGCAGGGAAGACAAGAUUUUUGUGAGCGACAUCAACGAGCAGCGAAGACAUUCGUUCAAUCCCAUUGGAGUGAACAAUACGCUGAAGCCCGAGUACGCCGCACAGCAGGACGGCCGCAGGGCUUCGUUUAAUCCCGACGGUGACAAAUGUGCAGAGAGGCGCCCGUCACACAUUCCCCCACAGAGCUCCAGAUUUCUCCGCGUGCCGGGUUGUGAUGCGGAGCUGUACACGGAGAGGCGGCCGACGUCGUCGCUGGAGGAUCAAACGGAGUCUUUUGAAAACCAGGAGCCUCUGUGCCAUGGUCAAGGUUUUCAGGACGAUAGGCGCGUCGAGAGACGGCAUUCAUUUAAUCCAGUGGUCCGAGUCUCUGUGUCCAGUUCAGGGGGUGAAUCUGUCGCACCGAAUGCCAAAGUGCCGAAAAUUACAAUAAACGUCGAGUCGCCGAGUCGGUUUUUGACAGUUCCCUCUCAAGAGUAUUAUUUCGAAGAGAGGGAGAGAAGACAUUCUUUCAACACGCCAACCACAACGAAAAAUGCGUCUUUAACUGCUGCCUCAUCAAAACCCAUCGAAAAAUCAAUCCCACAGCGAAUUUCAUUCAGGCUAGGCCCCGACAGCACUUCCGGUGUAUCAUUUCCCCCAAACUCUCAGGCCGCGUGUAAAUCCACUCUGAAAAUUUCAAAAGCCAACAUCGAACCCGUUCGGCCAUCCAGUUUUAAACAAGAGAUGGUCGUCUUCAAACCACUGCAGCGAGCUGACUCGCGGAGCAUGAGUCCCUCGAGUAAUGUCUCGUGUUGUGGCAGUGAACGACUCGGGAGCGACCGUUCUAUGAACACCUCAAGGACCACGUCGAUCAGCUCGGAUAGAUCAGCAAAGACCACGCUCACGGGAUCGCCCAGCACGGUGAUCGCAGCCGAGGGCGUUUUGUCUUAUGGGACGUUUGACAAGACAUCUCCGCAGCACCCGUACGGCACGGCUAAAGAAUGUGAUCUAAAAUCACCUCCAACAUUCUGCGGCGAGGACGAAAUCCUAGUUGCCGAGUCAUCGAAUCUUGAAACCCGGACAAAUCAGCCGGGUCUCCUCCGGAAAUCUGCAUCUUUCAGGGACGCUAGGGGCAGGGGUAGAUUACGCUAUAACGUGGUGCAGACAGACUCUCCCUGCAGCAUCAGCUCGGGGCCGGCCACUCUGACCCCCUCGGCGAUCACCGACGCUAACGCGGCCAUCCAGCGGAGCAAAUCCUCGUCUUCGCUACCGGUGGGCAUGGCCACACUGUGCCCGCAGUCAGCUCACAGCUAUGCAAGAGUUCCCAAACCCACCUCCCCUUUAGUCGCCAGGCACAAAACUCAAUCAGCGUCGAGUCCGGAAAAAAAGUUUUCUUGACAAAACUAACUCGAUUUUUUUUUGUGUCUUUUAAAUUCCUGUGUCUGCUGACUGCUCUUCGCCCACGUCCGGGCCUCUCUCCCACGUCCGGGCCUCUCUCCCACGUCCGGGCCUCUCUCCCAC